CAUGGGAAUUCAAGGCCUGGCCAAACUGAUUGCCGACGUCGCCCCCGGUGCCAUCCGGGAGAAUGACAUCAAGAGCUACUUUGGCCGAAAGGUGGCCAUUGAUGCUUCCAUGAGCAUUUAUCAGUUCCUGAUUGCGGUUCGUCAGGGUGGCGACGUGCUGCAGAAUGAGGAGGGCGAGACUACCAGCCACCUGGUGGGCAUGUUCUACCGCACCAUCCGCAUGAUGGAGAACGGCAUCAAGCCCGUGUACGUGUUUGACGGCAAGCCUCCACAGCUCAAGUCGGGUGAGCUGGCCAAGCGCAGCGAGCGGCGGGCGGAAGCCGAGAAGCAGCUGCAGCAGGCUCAGGCGGCCGGGGCCGAGGAGGAGGUGGAGAAGUACACGAAGCGGCUGGUGAAGGUCACCCAGCAGCACAAUGAUGAGUGCAAGCAGCUGCUGGGCCUCAUGGGCAUCCCCUACCUCGAUGCUCCCAGCGAGGCGGAGGCCAGCUGUGCGGCCCUGGUGAAGGCCGGCAAGGUCUACGCGGCGGCCACUGAGGACAUGGACUGCCUGACCUUUGGCAGCCCAGUGCUCAUGCGGCACCUGACGGCCAGCGAGGCCAAGAAGCUGCCCAUCCAGGAAUUCCACCUGAACAGGAUCCUACAGGAUCUGGGCCUGAGCCAGGAGCAGUUCGUGGAUCUGUGCAUCUUACUGGGCAGCGACUACUGCGAGACCAUCCGGGGCAUCGGGCCCAAGCGGGCCGUCGACCUCAUCCAGAAGCACAAGAGCAUCGAGGCCAUAGUGCGGCAGCUCGACCCCAGCAAGUACCCCGUGCCGGAGAACUGGCUCCACAAGGAGGCCCAGAAGCUCUUCCUGGAGCCCGAAGUGCUGGACCCAGAGUCGGUGGAGCUGAAGUGGAGCGAGCCCAACGAGGAGGAGCUGGUCAAGUUCAUGUGUGGUGAGAAGCAGUUCUCGGAGGAGCGAAUCCGCAACGGGGUCAAGCGGCUGAGCAAGAGCCGCCAGGGCAGCACCCAGGGCCGCCUGGAUGACUUCUUCAAGGUGACGGGCUCACUCUCCUCAGCUAAGCGCAAGGAGCCAGAACCCAAGGGAGCUGCUAAGAAGAAGGCCAAGACGGGGCCAGCAAAGAAGUUAAAGGGGAAAUAAA